AUGGCUGAAGUCGAAGUUUACCUUCCGGAAAGCCUGCGUAGCUUGGCAGCCAUGAUAGAGAAUCAACCACGCGGUCAGGUUCACGACCUGAACGACGAUGACGAGUUUACGGCGGUGGUGGAGCAGUGCGGUCACCUGUGGCACAAGGCGCUUGGAGGCAUGCAAGCCCCUUUCUACCUGAGCCAUGACGAAAUAUCUGUGAUCAAUCGAACGGUGACCAAUCGAAACAACCGUCUGAGCCGUGGCAACGGACCUGAGAUCGACCCAAACCCAAACCGUCUUUACGAGAACCUGCGCAAGAAAUGGGUCCCCUUCGAGCUUUGCCAAAAAGCGGAGGAAGAAGUCUGGAAAUGGGCCGAAAAGCCCGCCUCUUUCUUUGAAUACAUGCCCGAAACUACGCCCGAAUCUACGCCGUCGAUGUUGGACUCGGUCUGCCGCCUGCUGAUUCAUCUGGCGGAAAAGGAGCAAGUUAAUACCGUUCGCCGGCGAUUGCUCCUGUGCUUUCUCGUCGAGUUUAUUGACGAACGGAUCGAGGACAUCGGCAAUGACAACAUGAUUUCACUCUUGGUCCAGGAGAAUCUGGUCUCUCGCGGAUUGAUGCAGUACAAACAACUAACGGACUGGAGAAAAGCUGGGAGCAAAUACCUGGCCCUGGCCAACGAACUUGGAGGCUGGGGGGCCCUGGUCUUCCUUCCUGCCCUGGCUCGAACAGAUUACGAGUCGCACUACCACCCGACUAGUAAGGAUAUGACUAAGGAGCACCAGCGUAGGAUCAUCAUUCAACGACUGCGAGAGAAGGUGCCGCAAGCCGCCAGCCGGGAGCGCCGCGGUGGCCGGAACGCUUAUGAGGUUGUCGAGGCCCUCCGCGAGCACUGGCGCAGCAAAUUCUCGACGAUCAUCCUCGACUGCGACCUGUACGGGCGCCAGGAAACUUCAACGACACUCAAUUGCCGCCAGUAUGAUCCAACGACUAAACCCUAUCGUUUCCGGCAGUCGCGAAUUGCUAAGCAGACAUCACACCCGAGGACGCCCCUUCCGGCCAUGGGUGAAGAUGUCCCCCUGUGGCAAGCUCCUUCGUCGAUAGUUCAGUCGCCUUGGGGCGAUAGCGAGCUAACACCAGAUGGUGCAUCUACGACCCAGCUCUCUUUCCCCACUUCGAAUGACGAUGAUUGUCGCCGGGUGUUCCCCAGUUCCUCCUCAAUGCCGCUCGUCAUCUAG